AUGGUAAAAACCUCUAAAGCUCUAAUCGACACGGGAGCCACAAAUACAUUUAUCUCUCCAGAGGAAGCUAAGAGAUGUGGGUUGAUUGUCACCAAGGAGAUAUUGUCCGCUAUCCAAUUUAAGAAAGGGGUGAAAAAAGGAGAGCCUUCAUUCUUGGUCUUUCCAGUUUCCAAAGAGGAUAUCAAUUCUGGCAUUGUGCCCAUGAAUGUUCAAGAACUGUUGAAUGACUUUAAGGAUGUAAUUCCAGAUGAAUUGCCAAAAGAGUUCUUUUCUAGAAGGUCGGUGGACCAUGAGAUUGAAUUAAUCCCAGGCGUAAAACCCCCUGCGAAGUGCCCGUAUCGGAUGAGUCCUCUAGAGCUGGUGUUCCAUGACUACCUCGAUAAGUUUGUAGUUAUCUACUUGGAUGAUAUAAUGAUCUUUAGCACUUCUAUGGAAGAGCAUCAGGAGCAUCUUCGAUUGGUGCUAGCAAGAUUGCGGGAAAAUCAAUUAAAGGGUGUGAGUGGGUUUGGUUCAAGGAUUUUUCAAGAGGCCUUUGAUGAUUUAAAGAAUGUGGUUGUCAAUGAACUAGUGUUUACCUUGUUGGACCUUGAAAAACCUCUAGAAGUAGAGACAGACGCGUCUGAUUAUGCAAUUGGAGGGGUACUCUUACAGGACGAACAUCCCGUGGCAUUUGAAAGUAUGAAGCUAAAUGAAACUGAAACGAGAUAUACGUCUCCGGAGAAAAAACUUCUAGCAGUAAUUCAUUGUUUGAGGAUUUGGAGACAUUAUCUGUUGGGAUUUAAAUUUUUGGUAAAGACAUAUAAUAAAACAAUUAGCCACUUUUUGAUGCAACCAAAGUUGACAACAAAGCAAGCUAGAUGGCAGGAGUUUCUAUCAGAGUUUGAUUUUAGCUUUGAGCAUAGGGCGGGGAAAAGAAUCAGGUAG